AUGAAAAUCCGUGCUUCUGUUCGCAAAAUUUGCGAAAAGUGCCGCCUAAUUCGUAGACGGAAACGCCUUCUUGUAAUUUGUUACAAUCCGAGGCAUAAACAAAAACAGGGCUAA